AUGCUCGUCUUUACAGCCUUUGUCCUCACCUUCUGUACUCCGGGCGCAUCUGCCUGCCCGGCAAGGCGCCGAAAUGUCACCUCGUCUGAUAGAACCUGCCGCAUAUUCCGGAGCAUCUUUCGGGCCAAAACUGAUUUGAUCGCAUUUCCUGCGAUCGAAUGUUUGAACCAUGUUAACAGACAACAAACAACCAGAACGAACUUGCCUUACCCUGACGACAGUUCAUCGCCCUCCUCACAGUCUCAAGAUAGAGCACAGCUUGCAUUACCACAACAAGACUCGGAACAAGCGAAUUGA